AUGGGGAUAGAGCCAGAGAGGAUAGAACCAAUGGGGAUAGAACCAGUGGUUAUAGAACCAGAGGUGAUAGAACCAGUGGAGAUAGAACCAGUGGAGAUAGAACCAGAAGCAGCGUCUCCAGGGCUGAAGCCGCCGCAGUGCCCUCAGUGCUCUCCGGUCCGACGGUGUGCGGCUCCACGGCGGCGCUGCGAUGAUAAAAGACGCAUAUGCGGGAGGCUCCACACCUACCGGGAGGGAACCGAGCCGAGCAGCAGCCUAACCGGAGCUCCGCAGUCUGAACCCAGCCCCGAGCCGCCGCAAGUGCCAGCAGAACCAUGUCCAGGCCGUCGGGGGGCGGAGCCAAUGAUGUCACCCGCUUCCUGUCGUCGGGGGCGGGUCCGGGGUCGCCCACCUCCGGCUCCUCGGUGUUCUCGGCCGCCAGCCAGGCCGACUGGGCCGCCAAGAGGCUGGUGUGGGUGCCGUCGGAGAAGCACGGCUUCGAGGUGAGCCGGGCUCGGUUCUCCACAAACCUC